UAAAUUACCACAGUACUGGGUGGUUGAUUAACACAGAAACAUGAAAGUAAGAAGUCAAAUAACAAUAAGCUGUAUUUUUAUUCUCAUCCAAUUAUCCUAUACUGCAAGGAUCAAACGAGCGCACUCCGACAACUUCAACGUCCUCCUGAAUAUUUAUAAAAUGAAUCCUUUAAAGCAUUCCGAUGUAUUCAAAAAGUUUUCUAAUCAAAUACUUUUACCACGACCGGAUGGAACGCAUGACGUGAAUCCUAAUUCAUAUGAAAGUGGUAAAGAAAAAGGGAUAUUGAAAUCAGCCAAUCCUACUUUGGAUACAAAUGAUUAUCAAUAUCCAAAUAUAACAAAUAACACAAGAGCAAUACAUUCUAAAGAUAAUGAUGUGAUAAAUGUAAUAGAUGAUGGUAUAAACGAUACAAGUAUGGUAUCAACAAUAAAAAAGAAAAAAGUGCAUUAUCAUUUGUUUAACGAUGAAAAUGAAGAUCUUAAUAAGUUCAAUGAAAUUAAUAACCAAGAUGCUGAUACUAUAAUAAUGUAGGUUUAUACCGUGAUAGGAAUACUAAUAAGACUUUCAUUAUGUUAAAUAGUCUGCAAAUUGAUCCAACUUGGCACUGUUCAAGCGUCACUCUUAUUAGCUCAAUACUGUGAAUUUUAAUGUGGAUUAAAUGUGUAUUUUGUUAAGAAUCAGUUUUCUGAACAGAAAGCUGCUGAAUUUACAACACAUUGCUUUCUGAUGUUAGGAUAACACUAAUAAAA